AUGAAAAAUUUAAUUAAAAUUAAUAGUUGUAAAAGAAUAUUAAAUAUUUCAAAUAGGGGAAUAUUUAUUAAUAAUAAUAAUGUUUUUUUAAAUAAUAAUAAUAAUAAAGUUAGUAAUAUUAAUAAAAGAUAUUUUACAAAUAGUAAUAUUAUAUUAAAUAAUGUUAAACCAUUAGCAAUUGGACAACCAACACAUGAAACUCAUCCACAUUUAUUAGAAAAAGAUGAGGUUACCAAGGGUAUUAAAAAAGAGGAAUUUAAAGAAAGAAGAAAUAAAUUAUUAAAACCAUUUGCAAUUGGAUCGAUUGUUGUAUUAUUCACACCACCAGAGCCAAUGAUGUCUUAUGACAUUCCAUGGGAUUUUAGACAAAACACCAAUUUCAAUUAUUUUACAGGAUUUAAUGAGCCUGAGGCAGUAUUGGUUUUAGAGAAAACUUCAGAUGUAGACCAUAUAUCCUAUAUGUUUGUAAGAGAGCGUCAAGAGGAAAAAGAGAAAUGGGAUGGUCCAAGAUGUGGAGGGGAAAAUGUAAACAGAUUUUUUGGUAUUGAUUAUGGUUAUAAUCUCAACGAGACCCAAACCCUCUUAAAACUAUUGACAAGAAACCCAGAAAAGAAAUUAUAUUGCAAUAUUGUCGAAUGGAAUCAAUUAUUUUCAAAAUUACAAGGCAUUUCAGAAUUUCAAACAUUUAAUAUAGAAAAAAUUCUACAACAAUGCAGAUUGAUAAAGUCAAAUAGCGAAGUUAAACAAAUGUUAAAUAGUGGUGAAAUUGCAGGUGAAUCAUUUUCAGAAGUUAUGAAAUAUAUUAAACCGGGUAUGAACGAAUAUGAAAUUUCAGCCUAUUUCGAAUGGAAUGUAAAGAAAAGAGGUGCUAAAAGAAUGAGCUACCCACCCGUAGUAGCAGGAGGAAACAAUGCAAACACUCUUCAUUAUAUUGCAAACAAUCAAAUAUUAAAGGAUGGUGAUCUUUUAUUGAUGGAUGCAGGUUGCGAGCAUUGGGGUUAUACAAGCGACAUCACAAGAACAUUCCCAGUCAAUGGUAGAUUCACAGAGGCACAAAGAAAAGUUUAUGAAGCAGUAUUGGAUGUAAAUAAGAAAUGUAUUGAAAUGUGUGUAGCUGGUGAAAGCAUUAAUUCGAUUCACGACCUCUCCAUCCAACUCACUAAAGAGCAUUUAAAGAAUUUAGGUAUCUUGCACGAUAAUAAUCCAAACACAUACAGUCUAUACUACCCACAUUCAAUUGGCCAUUAUUUGGGAAUGGACACCCACGAUACAAUCGAUUUUAGCUAUGGUGUAACUUUAGAACCGGGUAUGAUUAUCACCAUCGAGCCCGGUAUUUACAUUUCAAAAUACGACCAAAACGUCCCAGAAGAAUAUCGUGGCAUCAAUAUUAGGGUAGAGGAUGACGUAGUAGUAUCUCAAAAGAAUGAAAGCCCAUUAGUAUUAACAUAUAGAGCUCCAAAAGAAAUCAAAGACAUUGAAAACAUUAUGAAUAAAUAAUAAUGUCAUAGUGAUAAUAAUAUAAAUAUAAGAUUUUUUUUUUUUUUUUUGGUCAUAUAAAUAUAAUAAACCCUUUAUUUUAUUUCUUAUAUUUUAGAGAU